CUGAUUGGAGGAGUUAUUGGUUUCGUUGUAUUAGCUAUAGUCACUGGAUUAGCUGUUGGAAUCCCACUUUCUAAACGAAGCAUUGACGAAGAAAACAUUGCACGUGCUAAAAGAGUCCUUAACGAAGUUCCACUCAUUGAUGGACAUAAUGACCUGGCAUGGCAGUACCGUGCACAGGCACAGAACCAGGUUCAUCAAGUCAAUUUAGCCGAGUCGUUGAUAGGAGUAUGGAAUACAACACAUACUGAUAUACCUAGAAUAAAACAAGGACAUCUAAAGGCACAGUUUUGGUCCCUGUUUGUAAAAUGUGAUUCCCAGUAUAAAGAUGCUGUUCGCCAGUCUCUUGAUCAAAUGGAUACAAUAAAGAAAUUUGUAGCACGUUACCCAGACGUCUUCAGAUUCGUGACAACUGCGGAUGGAAUAAUGGAUGAAUUUAAGGCUGGAAGGAUCGCCAGUUUGGUUGGAUUAGAAGGUGGACAUUCCAUAGAUAGUAGUCUUGGUAAUCUGCGCAUGUUUUAUGACCUUGGGGUCAGAUACAUGACACUUACUCACAACUGCAAUACACCAUGGGCAGAGAAUGGCGGUGUAGUAAUGGUCAACUUUUCUCCAGUUUACGUUAAUUGUGCUCCAAAAAAAUUACCACAAGCAACAUUAGCUCAAGUUACCGAUCAUAUUGAUUAUAUAAAAAACCUAACCGGUGUUGAUCAUGUGGGAAUUGGUGCUGAUUAUGGUCCAAAAAGCACAUCUGUUGGCUUAGAAGAUGUAUCCAAAUAUCCCGCACUAUUUGCUGAGUUAGCUAGACGAGGAUGGACUGAUGGCGAACUUAAAAAAUUAGCUGGUGAAAAUCUUCUCCGAGUUUUUAAGAAAGCAGAAGAGAUUCGUGAUCAAAUGAUAAAAGAUGGAGUACCACCAUAUGAAGAUCAUAUCGCUGAUGGACAAAUAAAAAACACAACAUGUCGGAGCGGCCCAUUUUAACUAACUGUUUAAAUGCCCACUAGCCUUCAGCUUGACGAUCGCGAAUAAAAGCUGUUGACCAGUAACGUUCUAUGAUCAUGGUUUGGGGUCUUUUUGUUAAGACUUGAUUAACGGGAUUUAAGUGCCGAUAAAUGAAGUUUCAGACAAGACAUAUUAAACCAACGUCAUCCAUCCAAAUAAGCUGUUAUGUACGGAAGAAUGAUUCAUUAAAAGGAAUAAAAGCAUUGCACAGCUUUAUAGACUAUAGUCUACGCUUCACAAGUAUUCUUUGUUUUACAAGCAAAAUGUGUUACAAUACAACACUGUAGGGUUUGUAAAGUUUAGUUUUGAGAGAAUAUAUAAUUCACCUUUUCUAAUGCUAAUUAUACGUUUAGAAUUAAAUGCUUAAUUUUUAUUAGUCCCCACCCCCACCCACCACUAAUCCGUAAAUAUACAAAUAACUUUAAAUAUUUGUUUUUAUACGCCCACCUUGAAAUGUGGUCGUAUAUUGUCGGCGCCCCGUCCGUCCGUGGGUCCGUCCGGCGUUCACAAUCGCUUGUGGACGCUCUAGAAGCUAAAGCUAAUAUCCGAUUGACUUCAAUUUUAUGCACAUUGUUUAAGGUCAUUGAUUUGAUUUUCAGCGAUUUCAAUAGUAACUGCUGGAGUUAUGGCCCUUGAUCUCUUUGAAAUAUCUUGUUGACGCUCUAGUGGCUAAAGUUAAUAUCCGAUUGACUUCAAAUUAUAUACAGCGUUUUAGGUCAUGAGACGCAGAAGCCCCGGAGGCUAAAGUUGGUGACAAUCCACGAGAACAAAAAGUUGUAUAAUAUUUUAAAUAUUUAAUUCUUAUCAAGAUCAAUUACUCAACUUUAAAUUAAUUACAUUCGCAACAUUAAAUGUGGUUUCCUAGAAAUAGAAUCAUAGAUUUAGACCAAGUUAAGAAACUAAGAGGAUUAAAUAUUUCUUAACACUGACGAUAAAGGUUAGCGCUGUUAGGUUUGGGUGUGAGCUCCUGUAAUAAAUAUCAGUCUAAAUUAUGUUACCUUUUAAUUGUUUUGUAUUGUCAGUGUAUUAUUUCAUAUUUCAGGGGCAAAUAGAAUUGUCUCAAAUAUGAUUUCAUGAUUAAUAUCCAUAAGCGUUUUGGAUGAUGUAUAAACGAUGUAUAAUUUUUGAAGUAGAACUUUAUAUCUCACCCAGCUCUAAUGGAUUAUAGAUUACAUCUUGAAAUUAUAUUUAAUGUUAUAAUUGUGCAGAUAUGACACGCACACAUGCAUGAUCCAUAUAAAGGACAUUACAUUUACAUGAGGUCCGCGAUAUCACCUCGGUGGAAGUGGACGUAAAAUACAACUAACUGACACAUGAGGUCCGUAUGGUAUCCUUAAAGUUCACUUUAUUACAGUUAGUACAUUAGCUUUAUUACAUCUAGCAGGUGUAUUUUGCAUUUCUUAUAACCAUAUUAAUAUGGAUUUUAUAUUCCUUAUCAUACAUUGAAUAUUAUUAUAAAACUCACUCACCCUGUAUA